AUGUUUAAGGUGCUAAUUUUGGCCGCAACUACUUUAAUAGCCAGCGCUCAAUAUAAAAAAUUUGUCGGUUCUCCAGCAUAUUAUGGAUAUGCACCUGAAAUAAAAUCACCUAUUUAUGCCACUUAUACUGAUACUAAACCUGUAUAUGAAACAUAUAAGGAAACUCCAUCUCCCUAUUCAUUUGGAUAUACAGUAGACGAUGGUUACGGUAAUAAAAAUCACAAAACUGAAGAAGGAGACGCAUAUGGCAACAAAAAAGGAUCGUAUGGUUAUACAGAUGCUUAUGGAGUAUAUAGAAAAGUUGAUUAUAUAGCCGAUGAACACGGAUUUCGGGCGUCCAUAUCAACCAAUGAACCAGGAGUUGGCUCAGAAAAUCAUUAUGGAUCAACUCUUCAACAGAAAGAGGAGGGAGACUCUCACGGAAACAAAAAAGGUAGCUAUGGUUAUACCGAUGGACACGGAAUUUAUCGUCAGGUAGACUAUGUGGCCGACAAAAACGGUUUCAGAGCAACCAUUAAGACCAAUGAGCCGGGAACCAGUGAUCAAGAUCCGGCUGAUGUUCACAUUGACUCCAGUGCUAGAAAUGAUGACCACUACUCAGCCCCACAAAAAGCACAAUCAUACUCAGCACCGUCCUAUAGCCAGUACGCCAUUCCAUCAUAUGGUCAUCAGGAUAGCUACUCUUCCUAUUCAUUGAAUAGAGACAGUCAUGGAUAUAGCAAUGAUAACGACAACAAGGGAUACGCCAUCAGUGGAAAUGCUGGUUAUGCCAGAAGCCACUCAAUUCCUGCCGUCUAUUACGCAAAGGGCUAUUAA